UAUUUGCUGGGUUUCCUAUUCAUAUGGGACGGUUAUGCAAUCAUUGUCAGUAUAAGCGAUGACUUCAAUUUGUUGCCGCGACGAUAACAACUUCAUAUUAUUUGUAAAAGCAAUUUCAACGCUUUGUUUUUUUUUUACUGCAGGACCGCCUCGUAAGGUAAAACCUGGUGCGCAUGACAUUUGCCAUAGCAUGACGCCUAAUAUCAAAAGCAAAUCACGCAGCUCGCAAUCCUUACCGCAAACCAUCCCAAAUAACAACCGGAACCCGCGGUUGAAUUGUUCUUCGCCGUUGGAAAGAUUUAUCACAAAACUACAAGAUCACAAUGCUUCUACGAUGAGCCAAUCGUCGCAUGCAGGAUGGAGGACGAGUUCAAGACGAUUAAAUCCUUGGCGAAAUCGAUCUGUCCCACUUAGUAUGCAUGAUGAUCAACUCUCAUGUGUGGACGAUCGACUCUCAUCGUGUUCCUUUGAGUACUCGCAGUAUGGUAAUCGUAUUUUGGGUGAAAUUACAAACAAGCCAACACCAUUGUCACAAUCUGCUCUGAACUGCAAACAGCCACGCGUCGCGUUUGAUAACUUGUCAUUCAUCAAUAUGGUAGCGUCUACACCGAGUCACAAGGAGUCAGUGUUGUAUCCUAAUGUGCAUCGGGAUGAAAAUCGUCAGGAAUCGGGGAAAGACAUGGUGGAUGAUGCGUCAUUCAUCAACAUCGUAACGUCUACACCAAGAUCAACGCCCCUACCGGGUCAUAAAGAAUUCGACCAUAAUCAACCAACGUUCCAUGUGCCGAUAAAAAUGCCGGCAUUGGAAAGUGUAUCUACGGUUAACCGAGACUGUUUAUCUAAAAAACGCCUUUUCGACACUGAAGACGAUGACGUUCAACUAUCGGUAGAUGAAAAUGAUCUCGAGGAUAAGUUCUACGAUUCGAGCAGUGAUCCCGAUUGGAAUUCUGAUGAUGCAUCUGAGACAACAGACGAAACUGAUUACGAUUUGAAUGAUCUCUCCAUUUUCGAGUAUUUUCAAAAAUAUCAUACUCUUGACGAGCUCGGCUUGGAUGACGAUCUGGAGAUUCAAGAAACACCCCCACCGGAUCAAAGUUUCGAUAAAGGAGAAACCUCAGCCCUUCAAGAACAUGUGAAUAAAGCUACAAUGAUCAACUUAAGUAUUGAAGCGAUGGAAGUUAUGGCGAGAGAGUGUUUGGAACCUAAAGUUAGCAAAGCUAAAGAACGAGCGAAUAAUAAGCGAAGAAAGGAAAAGGGUUUGCAAUACACUCGAUCUGAUGGAAUAGUCAUACCAGCAAGAAAAAUAAGACCUGCCUGCAGUUGUAGGCGUAGAUGCUUCAACAAAUACCCCGAUCACGUACGCUCAAAGCUGUUGAGAAAUUUUUUGAAUUUGAAACUAUCUGGACAGAACCAGUUCUUGGCAAACCACAUGGAGGUAUCCAAAACCGCAAGGAGGAAGGUGAUCAACUCGCGACGGCUUUAUUCUAGAUCAUACAAACUUCCUGGCGUUAAAGGACCGGUAGUAGUAUGCAAGGUAAUGUUCAUGGCUACCUUCGAUGUUGGCGAUCGCAAGCUAAGGAAUCUGGCAGCAAAAAGGGUUAUAGGCGAUGGAGUGGCUUCUCAUGAUCAACGCAGUGAAAACCGAUCCGCUCGGACUAUCAGCGCAGAGCACCAGCAAUACAUCAAAGAUCACAUUCUUUCAUUUCCGGCCUACUCCAGUCAUUACGGUCGAGAAAAAUCAGAGCGGCUAUAUCUUUCGGGCGACCUUAACUUGACAUCAUUCUAUUUGGGCCAGAACAAGGCCUACUGUUACAUGUGGGAUGAAACCAGGGCCAGAAGAGGCUCCAAAGAAGUAGGUUCUUGCGUUAUGCAAGAUUUGCAGCGUAUGCCCACCACCGUAGAAGAAGUAAUCUACUACAGCGAUCGUUGCGCAGGACAGAAUCACAACAAAAAUGUAGUUUUUAUGUUCACGCACGUGUUAAAAAAUCUGAAAAAAGAAGGCCGAGCUCUCCGCAUCAUCCACCGUUUCAUGAAGACCGGCCAUUCCCACAUGGAAGUGGAUACGAUCCACGCGACGAUCGAACGUGCCAAAAAACGCACUGAGGUGUCAAUAGAAAUUCCUUCUGAUUGGGAGAUCUUCAUAGCAGCUAUACAGAGGACGGUGCCCAUCGAGGUUGUUAGCAUGCAGCAGAAGGAUUUUCUAGAUAUUACAGCCCAAGAAGAAAUCUACACAAUUCCAAAAACUACUACGUCAGGCGAAACUUUCAGCUUCAAAAAAGUAAUGGAGUUUGCAUUCACUACCGAUAACAUCGGUACAGUUCGCUUCAAAUACGACCUCGCAGAAGAAGAUUACAAGGAAAUCUGUCUCAUGUCUGGAAAGAAGAUCGACCGAGAAAUCGAACUCAAGCGAAUAGAAUCACAGCUGAUAGAGCUGCCUACCGCAAAAUUGAAGGAUCUGCGAAGUCUCUUGCCGUAUGUAGUAAAAAAGGACUAUUAUGAAGCAUUCCUAAAGGGUUUGGUGGAACCUAAGAGGGGACGCAGGCCAAACAGUAAUGAUGCACCUGACCACUUUGAGGGCGACAUUUAUGAUACAGAAGAUGAAGAAUAA